AUGGCCUCGUUGUAUGGCCGUGACGUGAACACCGAUCGGAGCAGCGAGCUCAAUGCCACGACGACGAUUGUUCUCGUGCUGUCUGCUGUGCUUGUCGCUCUGCGCUUCUGGGCGCGAUAUGUGAGGAUUGGAUUUGGGACUGAUGACUGGUUGACGCUGGUAGCGCUGGUCUUUGUGUUCAUCACAGGCGCUCUCAAUUAUGGCAUGAUUGCGCAUGGUCUCGGAAAGCAUGCAAAGCGCGUGUCGGAACAAGAUCUAAUAAUCUUCUUCAAGAUCCUCCUCACCUUCGAAUGCAUCUACGUCACGGCGGUGAUGCUCAUCAAACUCGCCCUUCUAUCGAUGUACCUGCGCAUCUUCCCAUCUCGAAACUUCCGAUUGGCCUCGGCCCUCAUCGCCGCUGUCGUGAUUGGCUGGUGGAUUGCGAUUUGCGCCGUGUGCAUCUUCCAGUGCCACCCUAUCAAGAAGGCUUGGAUGCCCUGGCUUGACUAUGGGACUUGCAUCAACCUCAAGGCGUCGUUUAUUGGCAAUGCGAUUCCGAACAUCGCAACUGAUAUUGCGAUUUUGUGUUUGCCCGUCGGGGCAAUUUUGAAGUUGCAGGUCAACAUGGCGCAGAAAUUGUCCCUGUUGGUUAUCUUUUUGCUCGGCAGUUUCGUCUUGUUCGCCAGUAUCUACCGAUUCACGACCAUCAUGCAAUUCGACCCUAUCGAUACAACAUGGACCCUCGCUACAGCUUGCACCUGGUGUGUCGUCGAAGUCGCCUGCGGAACCAUCGCCCUCUGUCUCCCAACCCUCCGACCACUGAUGCUCAUGAUCUCAUCCAAGUUCGAAAGCGUCACAUCCAGAAAAGACGCAGUUACACGUACCGGAAUACAAACAGAGCUCGUCACGAUUGGAGGGACAGGUGGAAAGACGGGGCAUUUCCAUCGGAUAGAUGAUGCAUACGAACCCAACUCCAGUCAAAGGGAACUUGCGAGAAGUGAUGGAAGCAUACCGCAUGGUGAUCCCAGUGAUCGGGGAUCAGGUGACGACGAAGUAUCGUUACACCAUGGGAAGAUUGACCUUGGGCCCAGAUAA